AUGAGCGAGCUCCUCAACUUCAUCCUUUCCCAGGAAUCAUUCAGAAAGAACCGCCUCCCCUCUCUUUAUUCCGACUUCUCCGUACAGAAGAAAACAAACCCAGACGGCUACCACGUGAACGUCUCAGCAUGGGAACAGGCUCUGACGAAAGCCGCGCGGAACGGCUAUAUCUCCUCGCAUACGCUAUCGCGGAGUGCCGGCGAUGGGUCGACGCAACAGCGCAAGGCAAAUCAUUUGACGCUGCGUGCUGACGAGGGGCUGCUUAGGGAUUUGGAGAGCCCGGAGUUCGGCCGCCCUGUUGCGCUAGGAGCUGUUCUUGAAGAUGCCAUGUGGAAUCGGACCAUGGUACCCGUGCAGCUGUAUAAAGCCAGCGCCGCGAGUCUGCGCAAACCGCAGUGGGGUCUUAUCGAUACUACGGCAUUGAGCCCGUGGAAUGUUAUGACGUGGGGGCUGAAGCAAAUACGUGGUGUGGUGGUUGGAUCUGGGCCUGAUGCUCCCAGGUUGCAGAACCAGGAGUUGGUGCUGGUGGGUAAUCUUCAGGAGGCUGGAGAGAAGCUGGUCAAGCAGGUACUGGGCGCAAGUCCAUCGAAAACAGACCUGAUCUACUCUAAAGAGAGCUUUGUUGAAAGCUUCGGGACGGUACUGGAUGAUAAUAGCGAGCUCUCUGAUAUUGAUCUGGAUGUUUUAUUGCUUUAUUUGUCCCGCGAUAAGGGUGCCAUCGCCUACGAUGGCAAGACUAUCAAGUUCCGGCCCACGAAUGAUUCUCCGAGGGAGAUCACAGAGCAAGACACGGCUAUUGCCUCCAUCAAGUCUCUUACAUCAACAAUGACGAGACAGGUUGAGAGUCUGGAGAAGAAGAUCGCCGAGCUCAAUGAAACCGCUAAAGCCGCUCUUAGCAAGAAAAACCGCGUAUCGGCCCUAGCUGCGGUGCGCUCGAAGAAGCUCGCUGAACAUAAUUUACAGCAGCGGUUGGAUACUCUGGCACAGCUCGAGCAAACGCAGCUCAAAAUCGAGCAGGCCAGUGAUCAGAUUGAAUAUGUUAGAGUGAUGGAAACCAGCACGGGCGCUCUCCGUGGCUUGAAUGCUCAGCUUGGUGACGUCUCUAGGGUUGAAGAUGUGGUUUAUGAACUGCGUGAGGAGAUGUCUAAAGUGGAUGAGAUCGGAAAUAUCAUCGGUGAAGCUGGGCCUCAAAUCGACGAGGGCGAGAUCGACGACGAGCUCGAAGAGCUGGAAUCUCAGGAGCGGGAAGCAAAGGAAGAGCAAGAAGCAGAAAAAACCCGAAAGCAGCUUGCCGAGCUCGACAAUCUCGGCCUCGAGACCAAGGGAGCUGUGCGGAAAGCACCACUGGGACAGAAUGUCGAGUCUGCCUUGGAAGACAGCAUUGAGAAGCUCUCACAGAUGUCGGUGGAAGAGAAUGCAUGA